UACAAACACAUUUAUGUAUUCAUUUGGGCACUUUUUCCUCAUAUAGGUGCUUUUUAUGACGGACAUACAAUCCUAACACACCUUUAUUUAACAUAGCAAAAAUUAUUUUGGCAAAUACUUUAAUAUUUCUAAACUAGAUUAAUCAAAGUUCACUAUCUUGAUUCUUUUACACUAGGAUCAUUUUAGUUUAUUAUCCAUUGUGUUUAUAUUAUUGAAGGCUUCAUUUUAAAAGUCAACAUUAAACAGACUAAAUAACAUUGGAUAAGAUACUGAGCAUCAUAAAAUGAAUUCUGAUGAAUAAUUCUUUACUUAAGUGAAAUAUGCAAUCUACUGAAUAUUCAAUUUCAUCAACAACUGAUCUUAUAACUAAUAGUACAUUUAAUCAAUCAUUAACAGAAUCAUCUAUCCAUAUAAAUGAUACUUAUAUAUUAACAACUGAAAAAUAUUAUAAUAUUGUUACAUCAAACUUGUUAGAUACACUUAGUACAUUGACAACAUUAUCCAUUCAUCAUCAUGAUCAUACAACGAUACAUUCAGAAUUUGCAUGUGUUCGUAGUGAAUUAUCUGAACCAGAUUUUCAAUUGUAUGCAUGUUCUGGUAGUAAAAUUACAUCAUGGAUUGCAAGUAUCUUUUUGGUAACAAUGAGUAUAUUUGGAAUUAUAAAAUGUUUGACCGCUCAUGGAGUACUCAACAUAUUUGAUCUACGACGUACUGGAAUUAGUUUUCCAAAACGGCCAGAAUUUUUAGUACUCACAUGUUCAAGUUUACCAUUAGUAUUUAGCGUUCUAUCAAGACCUCUAUUCACACCAUUAUCACCUACGCAUAAAUACUUCAUCUUAGGCUGGGGAAUGGCACAAACACGAUUCUUUUGUGAUCUGUUCACUAGAACCGCUUCGAUCUAUCAUCUUGUCUAUUGGGUUUACCGUACACCAAUAAUAAAUUUAAUCUGGUACAUAUGUUUUAUUUGCAAACUACAGUGUAAUAAAGUACGUGAUGAAACGAAAAGAUUGGCGGCAGCAAGAAAAGCUACGGUAAAAGCUACAAAAGCAUCACCCAAACGUCAUAAUAAACAACAACCAGUUGGUCGGGGAAGAACCACAGAAUGGGGUUACACUGAUAAAAGAAGAAAAUCAAGGUCAAAUAAAAGUGUUCGAGGAACUACUGACACUGUAGCUGUUACACCUAUUUCAUCAUCAAUCAAUACUCUAACUAAUACGAAUGAAAUUAAUACUGCAACAAACCAAGUUGCCAACUCUAAUGGGAUGAAUUUAAUUGCUGCACAACCAUUGUUUAUUAGUCAGAAUAAUGUAUUAAGUUCACCUAAUCAAUUACCUGGAAUAAUGCCCAAUUUAAGUGGUUUAAUGAAUCCUUAUGGUCAAAUGAUUCCACAAAAUAUGAUGACUACACCUGAUAAUUAUAAUAUGUUCAAUAAUGGACCAAUUGGACAACAAGCUAAUCCAUAUACAAUGAAUAUGAAUUAUGGAAUAGAUUAUAGAAUGACAAUGAAUAUGAAUAAUUAUAUUAAUCAAGUAAAUGCCUAUAAUCAAUCUAAUUUUAUGUAUCCUAUUAAUGGUGAUAUAAAUCCUGGUAUUUCUAAAGAUUCUAUCAAUAAUACAAUCAAUAAUGAUAAACCAUCAAUAAAUGAUAAAUCAGAAAAAAUUUCAAUCAUUAAAACAAAACAUAAAAUUGAUAUUCCAUUACCAACAAAACAAUUUCUUUAUCGUUGUAAACGUAUUAUACCAGGUUGUAUUUAUUUGAUAUCAUUUUUAAUAACAUUACCAUCUAUUACAGCAUUUGAAUCCAUUGAAGAAGAUGGUAUGAUAUUGACACGUUGUACAACAAUGUGUCGUUCAUAUUUUUAUUAUGAUUUAAUUAUAUUAAUUACAUUACCAACAAUAUUUGUCAUUGUAGCAUUUUAUUAUUCAUCAUUAAGUAAAAAACAAAUUAAUGGUGAAUUAAAAAUGACCUAUCGUUUAAGAUGUUAUUAUGUGACAUUUAUAUUAUUAAAUAUACCAAUGUUUGUAUUAAUGUUAACAUCAAUUGGUUUUAGAUUAAGUGAUAAACCAUAUCGUAAUAUAUAUGGUACUGGUAUAUUAAUUGCUAUGACAGCAUAUCAUACAAAUUUUACAUUAAAAUCAACUAUAUAUACAACUGGUUGUAAUUGUAUUUGUUGUUCAGAUCAUUGUUUAAUAAAAUAUCCAAAAAUUAAUCGUUUAAUUAUAUCAUUUACAACACCAGUAGCUAUAAAAGAUAAAGAAGCCUUAUUAGAAGGUAUAGUUAUACCAGUACGUAUGGAUAAAUAGAAAAGAUUUAAAAGGAAAUUUUUUUUAAAAAAAAGGAGAAAAAAACUGGAACAAUUUAAAAGAAAUUGAUUAUUUUUUUGUCUUUUUUUCUUCUUUACUUUUUUUCUCUUUUUCUUUUAGCAGACUGUUACAAUGUUGUUGUUGUUUUCCUUUUCUUUUUUCUUACAAACCAUUAUGUUUAUCAUGUGUAAAAUCUCUUAUUCUUAUGUAUAUUCAAUGUUAAAUAUUUAAUUGAAUAGUGUGUUACAUGUAGAUAAUAUGAGUGUAUGCUAAAUAUUAAAUCAAACAAACAAAAAAGCUUUAUUUUUAAUGAUCCUAUUCUUGACCAAAAAUAAAUUGUUUAUUUACAAAA